AUGAAUAUUUUCUGGAGCGGCAGCCACCUGCGCUGGGGACAGCCCUUCCGCCUGCGCCACGUCACCACCGGCCGCUACCUGGCGCUGACCGAGGCCACCGGGCUGGCCAUGGUGGAGGCCACGGCCGCCAACACGCGCGUGGCCACCUUCUGCUUCCGGGCCUCCAAGGAGAAGCUGGAGACGACCCCCAAGAGGGACAUCGAGGGCAUGGGGCCCCCCGAGAUCAAGUACGGGGAGUCGCUGUGCUUCCUGCAGCACGGCGCCAGCGGCCUCUGGGUCACCUACGCCGCGCCCGACCCCAAGGCCCUGCGCCUCGGCCUGCUCAAGAGGAAGGCCAUCCUGCACCAGGAGGGGCACAUGGACGACGCGCUGACCCUGAGCCGCUCCCAGCGCCAGGAGUCGCAGGCGGCGCGGAUGGUCUUCAGCACCACGGGGCUCUACGGGGCCUUCAUCAGGAGCCUGGACAGCCUCCAGGGGCGGCCGCGGGGGUCUCCGCCGCCCCCCCUGCCCAUCGGCGGCGUCAUCCUGAGCCUGCGGGACCUGAUCGGGUACCUGGAGCCGCCGCCCGCCGAGCUGCGGCACGAGCAGCGCCAGGCCCGGCUGCGGGCGCUGCGGGCCCGCCAGAGCCUCUUCCAGCAGGAGGGCAUGCUGACGCUGGUGCUGAGCUGCAUCGACCGGCUGAGCGCGUACAGCACCGCGGCGCAGUUCGGGGAGAACGCGGGCGAGGAGGCGGCGGCGGCCUGGAAGGAGAUCGUCAACCUGCUCUACGAGCUGCUGGCCUCGCUGAUCCGGGGGAACCGCGCCAACUGCGCGCUCUUCUCCACCAACCUGGACUGGCUGGUCAGCAAGCUGGACCGGCUGGAGGCCUCCUCGGGCAUCCUGGAGGUGCUGUACUGCGUGCUGAUCGAGAGCCCCGAGGUGCUGAACAUCAUCCAGGAGAACCACAUCAAGUCCAUCAUCUCCCUGCUCGACAAGCACGGCCGCAACCACAAGGUGCUGGACGUGCUGUGCUCGCUGUGUGUCUGCAACGCGGUGGCCGUGCGCUCCAACCAGAACCUGAUCACCGAGAACCUGCUGCCGCGCCGCGACCUGCUGCUGCAGACCGGCAUGGUCAACUACGUCACCAGCGUGCGCCCCAACCUGUUUGUGGGGACGGCGCCGGGCUCGACGCAGUUCCGCUGUUGGUACUUCGAGGUGGCCGUGGAGCGCGCCCGGCCCUUCGUCACCGCCGUGCCCACCCACCUGCGCGUGGGCUGGGGGGCGGCCGGGGGCUUCCGGCCCUCCCCGGGCGGGGGCGCGGGCUGGGGGGGCAACGGCGCCGGAGACGACCUCAACUCCUUCGCCUUCGACGGCCUCCACCUGUGGACAGGGGGUGUCCCCAAGGCCGUGGCGUCCCCCCAGCGCCGGGCUCUGGCCGAGGGGGACGUGGUCAGCUGCUGUCUGGAUUUGGGGGUCCCCAGCGCCUCCUUCCGCCUCAACGGGGCCCCGGUCCAGGGGGUCCUGGAGGGCUUCAACCUCGACACCCUCUUCAGCCCCGUGGCCAGCUUCUCGGCGGGGGUCCGGCUGCGGUUCCUGCUCGGGGGCCGGCACGGCGAGUUCCGCUUCGUGCCCCCGCCCGGGUACGCGCCCUGCGCCGAGGCGCUGCUGCCCCGGGAGCGGCUGCGGCUGGAGCCGCUGACCGCGUACCGCGGCUCGGCCCCGCCCGGGGCCCGCAGCCUGCUCGGGCCCGGCCGCGCCCUGCCCCACACCGCCUUCACCCCCUGCCCCGUGGACACCUGCCAGAUCGUGCUGCCCCCACACCUGGAGCGCAUCCGGGAGAAGCUGGCGGAGAAUAUCCACGAGCUCUGGGCCCUGACCCGCAUUGAGCAGGGCUGGACCUACGGGCCUGUCCGGGACGACGUGCAGCGGCUGCACCCCUGUCUGCUGAGCUUCCACAGCCUCCCCGAGCCCGAGCGCGGCUACAACCUCCAGAUGUCGGGGGAGACCCUCAAGACGCUGCUGGCCCUGGGCUGCCACGUGGGGAUGGCGGACGAGAAGGCCGAGGAGAACCUGAGGAAGAUCAAACUGCCCAAGACGUACACCAUGUCCAACGGGUACAAGCCGGCCCCGCUGGACCUGUCGCACGUGCGGCUGACGCCGGCCCAGCUGACCCUGGUGGAUCGCCUGGCCGAGAACGGCCACAACGUCUGGGCCCGGGACAGGGUCCAGCAGGGCUGGACCUACAGCACCACCCAGGACAUCAAGAACAAGCGGAACCCGCGGCUGGUGCCCUACAACCUGCUGGACGAGGGCACCAAGGCCACCAACCGCGAGAGCCUGUGCCAGGCCGUGCGGACCCUGCUGGGCUACGGCUACAACAUCGAGCCCCCCGACCAGGAGACGCCCUCGCAGGGCACGGUUCCCGGGGGUCCCCGCGCCCCCCGGCCGCGGCUGUUCCGGGCGGAGCGCAGCUCGGCCGUGCGCAGCGGCCGUUGGUACUUCGAGUUCCAGGCGGUGACGGCCGGAGAGAUGCGCGUGGGGUGGGCCCGGCCCGGCCUGCGCCCCGACACCGAGCUGGGCGCCGACGACAUGGCCUUCGUCUUCAACGGGCACCGGGCCCAGCGGUGGCACGUGGGGGGCGAGUCCUUUGGCCGGCCCUGGCAGGCCGGGGACGUGGUGGGCUGCCUGAUCGACCUGGGCGAGUGCCACAUGAGCUUCACCCUGAACGGGGAGGCGCUGAUCGGGGACGCCGGAUCCGAGGUGGCCUUCAGGGACUUCGAGGUGGCCGACGGCUUUGUCCCCGUGUGCAGCCUGGGGCUGGGCCAGGAGGGCCACCUGAACCUGGGCCAGGACGUGGGGACGCUGCGCUACUUCGGCAUCUGCGGCCUGCAGGAGGGCUACGAGCCCUUCGCCAUCAACAUGAAACGGCCCAUCGCGCUCUGGUUCAGCCACAGCCUGCCCCAGUUCAUCCCAGUGCCCCCCGACCACCCCCAGCUGGAGGUGACCCGGCUGGACGGCACCGUGGACACCCCUCCGUGCCUGCGGCUGUCGCACCGCGGCUCCGGGAGCCCCGCGGCGCCGCCCGAGCUGCUGUUCCUGCGGCUGAGCCUCCCGGUGCAGUUCCACGCCACGUUCCGCUGCACCCCCGGGGCCACCCCGCUGCCGCGGGCGCCGCCGCCGGAGCCCCCCGAGGACGCGGCCGAGCCCCUCUCGGACUUCGAGCGGCUGCGGCGCUCGGCCGGACCCCGCAGCGCCGAGGGGGACGAGGGGGGCGGCGAGAAGGGACCCCCGGGAGCCGCCCCCGGAGCCGCCCCCCGGGAGCCGCCGCGGGGCGAGAACGAGAAGGACGCGACCACCGAGAAGGGCAAAGGCAGGAGGGGGUUCCUGUUCAAGGGGCGGAAGACGCCGUUCGCGCCCCCCCCCGCGCCCCCCCCCGUGCCCCGGCUGGAGGAGGACGUGGUGCCCGACGAGCGCGACGACCCCGAGGUCAUCAUGAACACCACCACGUACUACUACUCGGUGCGGCUGUUUGCGGGGCAGGAGCCGGGCAGUGCCUGGGUGGGCUGGGUCACCCCCCACUUCCACCAGCACGACCCCGACUUCGAGCUGGGCCGCGUGCGCAGCGUCACCGUCACCAUGGGCGACGACCGCGGCAACGUGCACGACAGCAUCAAGCGCAGCAACUGCUACAUGGUGUGGGGGGGGGAGUUUGCGACCCCCACCCAGCAGGCGCGGGUGUCCCACACCGACCUGGUCAUCGGCUGCCUGGUGGACCUGGCCACGGGGCUCAUGACCUUCACGGCCAACGGCAAAGAGAUCAACACCUUCUUCCAGGUGGAGCCCAACACCAAAUUGUUCCCGGCGGUGUUCGUGCAGCCCACCACCCAAAACGUGCUCCAGUUCGAGCUGGGCAAGCUCAAGAACAUCAUGCCCAUCUCGGCGGCGAUGUUCAGCAGCGAGCGGCAGAACCCGGCCCCGCAGUGCCCGCCCCGCCUGGUGAUCCAGCAGCUCAGCCCCGUCACCUGGAGCCGCAUGCCCACCCAGUUCCUGGCCCUGGAGAGCGCCCGCCUGGGCGAGCGCCAGGGCUGGGCCGUGGAGUGCUCCCAGCCCCUGCAGAUGAUGGCCCUGCACAUCCCCGAGGAGGACAGGUGCAUCGACAUUCUGGAGCUGUGGGAGCGGGAGGAGCUGCUGCAGUUCCAGUGCCACACGCUGCGGCUGUACUGCGCCGUGUGCGCGCUGGGCAACAACCGCGUGGCCCACGCGCUCUGCAGCCACGUGGACCAGGCGCAGCUGCUGUUCGCCAUCGAGAGCCCCGAGCUGCCGGGCCCGCUGCGCGCCGCCUACUACGACCUUCUGCUGGCCAUGCACCUGGAGGCGGCGCAGCGCGCCCGCUCCUCCAUGAGCGCCGAGUUCAUCGUGCCCAUCAGCGAGGCCACCCGCGCCAUCGCGCUCUUCCCCGCGGGCGCCCGCUGCCCCGGCCCGCCCGGCGUGGGGCCCAGCGCCUGCCUGAGACCCCAGCCCCAUUUCUCGGAGCCCUGCUUCAUCCGCGCGGCGGGCGGCGGCGGGCGGGCUCCGCUCAGCCCCGCCAUCCCGCUGGAUGAGCUGGGCGCCAAGGCCAUGCGCAUGUUGGCCGAGGCGGUGGCGGGUGGGGGUCCCCACGCGCGGGACCCCGUGGGGGGCAGCGUGGAGUUCCAGUUGGUGCCCGUGCUCAAACUGGUGUCGGCGCUGCUGGCGGUGGGAGCGCUGGGAGACAGCGACGUGCGCCGAGUGCUCCGCAUGAUCGAGCCCCGCGUCUUCGGGGAGGAGGAGGAGGAGGAAGAGGAGGAGGAGGAAGUGAGGAGGAGGAAGGCCAUCGAGGCUGGAGAGCUGCAGGAGGAGGAGGAGGAUGAGGAGGAGGCCAGGAGGACGAAGGCCAUUGAGGCCGGGGAGGUGCAGGAGGAGGAGGAGGAGAAGGAGGAAGAGCUGGAGGAGGGGCUGCUGCAGAUGAAGCUGCCGGAGUCGGUCAAGCUGCAGAUGUGCCACCUGCUGCAGCACCUGUGCGAGCGGGAGCUGCAGCACCGCGUGGAGGCCAUCGUGGCCUUCUCGGAGCGCCACGUGCAGCGGCUGCAGCGGGACCAGCGGCGCCGCUACGGCCGCUUGAUGCGGGCCCUGACCAUGUCCGCAGCAGAGACCGCCCGGCGCACCCGCGAGUUCCGCUCGCCCCCGCAGGAGCAGAUCAACAUGCUGAUGCAGUACAAGGGAGCGGCCGAGGAUGAGGAGUGUCCCGUGCCUGGGGACAUCCGGGACGAGCUGCUGGACUUCCACAAUGACCUGCUGGCCCACUGCGGCGUGGAGCUGGCGGAGGAGGAAGAGGAGGAGGAGGAGGAGCCGUCGCUGCGGCAGCGGCUGCUGGGGCUGGUGCAGAAGGUGGUGGGGGUCCGCGGGCCCCCCAAGGAGGAGGAGACGCCCCCCGAGGAGCCCCCGGUGCCCAGCACGCUGCAGGAGCUGAUCUCGCAGACCAUGGUGCACUGGGCGCAGGAGUCCUUCAUCCAGAGCCCGGCGCUGGUGCGGGCCAUGUUCAGCCUGCUGCACCGGCAGUACGACGCGCUGGGCGAGCUGGGCCGGGCGCUGCCCAAGGCCUACGCCAUCAGCGCCACCUCGGUGCCCGACACCACGGCCCUGCUGGAGUGCCUGGGCCAGAUCCGCUCCCUGCUCAUCGUGCAGAUGGGCCCCGAGGAGGAGAACCUCAUGAUCCAGAGCAUCGGGAACAUCAUGAACAACAAGGUGUUCUACCAGCACCCCAACCUGAUGCGGGCGCUGGGCAUGCACGAGACCGUGAUGCAGGUGAUGGUCAGCGUGCUGGGCGGCGGCGAGUCCAAGGAGAUCCGCUUCCCCAAGAUGGUGACCAACUGCUGCCGCUUCCUCUGCUACUUCUGCCGCAUCAGCCGCCAGAACCAGCGCUCCAUGUUCGACCACCUGGGCUACCUGCUGGAGAACAGCGGCAUCGGCCUGGGCAUGCAGGGCUCCACCCCCCUGGACGUGGCGGCCGCCUCCGUCAUCGACAACAACGAGCUGGCGCUGGCCCUCAAGGAGCAGGACCUGGAGAAGGUGGUGACCUACCUGGCGAGCUGUGGGCUGCAGAGCUGCCCCAUGCUGCUGGCCAAGGGUUACCCCGACAUCGGCUGGAACCCCUGCGGGGGGGAGAAGUACCUGGACUUCCUGCGCUUCGCCGUCUUCGUCAACGGGGAGAGCGUGGAGGAGAACGCCAACGUGGUGGUGCGGCUGCUGAUCCGGCGGCCCGAGUGCUUCGGGCCGGCGCUGCGGGGCGAGGGCGGCAGCGGGCUGCUGGCCGCCAUCCAGGACGCGCUCAGCAUCGCCCAGGACCCCGCGCGGGACGGGCCCAGCGGGCGCCGGGAGAGGCGGCCGUUCGGCCCCGAGGAGCCCCCCGAGGAGAACCGGGUGCACCUGGGCCACGCCAUCAUGUCCUUCUACGCCGCCCUCAUCGACCUGCUGGGCCGCUGCGCCCCCGAGAUGCACCUGAUCCAGGCGGGGAAGGGGGAGGCCCUGCGGAUCCGCGCCAUCCUGCGCUCGCUCGUCCCGCUCGAGGACCUGGUGGGGAUCAUCAGCCUCCCCCUGCAGAUCCCGGCGCUGGGAAAAGACGGGAACGUGGUGGAGCCCCGCAUGGCCGCCAGCUUCGUCCCCGAGCACAAGGCGCCCAUGGUGCUGUUCCUGGACCGCGUUUAUGGGGUGCAGAGCCAGGAGUUCCUGCUCCACGUGCUGGAAGUGGGGUUCCUGCCCGACAUGCGCGCGGCCGCCUCGCUGGACACGGCGACGUUCAGCACGACGGAGAUGGCGCUGGCGCUGAACCGGUACCUGUGCCUGGCGGUGAUGCCGCUCAUCACCAAGUGCGCGCCGCUCUUCGCCGGCACCGAGCACCGCGCCAUCAUGGUGGACUCCAUGCUGCACACCAUCUACCGCCUGUCGCGCGGCCGCGCCCUCACCAAGGCCCAGCGCGACGCCAUCGAGGAGUGCCUCAUGGCCCUCUGCAGGUACAUCCGCCCCUCGAUGCUGCAGCACCUCCUGCGCCGCCUCGUCUUCGACGUCCCCAUCCUCAACGAGUUCGCCAAGAUGCCCCUCAAGCUGCUGACCAACCACUACGAGCGCUGCUGGAGGUACUACUGCCUGCCCAGCGGGUGGCCCAACAUGGGCGUCAGCUCCGAGGAGGAGCUGCACCUCACCAGGAAACUCUUCUGGGGCAUCUUCGACUCCCUGGCGCACAAGAAGUUCGAGGCCGAGCUCUACAAGCUGGCCAUGCCGUGUCUCUGCGCCAUCGCCGGCGCGCUCCCGCCCGACUACGUGGACGCCAGCUACUCGUCCCGCACCGAGAAGAAGGCCUCGGUGGAUGCCGAGGGCAACUUCGACCCCAAACCCGUCGAGACCCUCAAUGUCAUCAUCCCCGAGAAACUCGACGGUUUCAUCAACAAAUACGCCGAGUACACGCACGAGAAGUGGGCCUUCGACAAGAUCCAGAACAAUUGGACUUUUGGGGAGACCGUGGAUGAAGAAGCCAAAACCCACCCCAUGCUGAGACCCUACAAAACCUUUUCUGAGAAGGACAAGGAGAUUUACCGCUGGCCCAUCAAGGAGUCCCUGAAGGCCAUGCUGGCCUGGGAGUGGACGGUGGAGAAGGCGCGCGAGGGGGACGAGGAGCGCCCCGAGAAGAAGAAAACCCGAAAGAUCUCCCAGAGCGCCCAGGCCACCUACGACCCCUCGCACGGGUACAGCCCCCAACCCGUGGAGCUGAGCGGGGUCACCCUGUCCCGGGAGCUGCAGGCCAUGGCGGAGCAGUUGGCUGAGAACUACCACAACACGUGGGGCCGCAAGAAGAAGCUGGAGCUGGAGGCCAAGGGGGGGGGGUCCCACCCGCUGCUGGUGCCCUACGACACGCUGACGGCCAAGGAGAAGGCGCGGGACCGCGAGAAGGCGCAGGAGCUGCUGCGCUUCCUGCAGCUGCACGGAUACGCCGUCACCCGGGGGCUGAAGGACAUGGAGCUGGACACGUCGUCCAUCGAGAAGCGCUUCGCCUUCGGCUUCCUGCAGCAGCUGCUGCGCUGGAUGGACAUCGCCCAGGAGUUCAUCGCACACCUGGAGGCCGUGGUCAGCAGCGGGCGGGUGGAGAAAUCCCCCCACGAGCAGGAGAUCAAGUUCUUCGCCAAGAUCCUGCUGCCCCUGAUGCACCAGUACUUCCACAACCACUGCCUCUACUUCCUCUCCACCCCCGCGCAGCUGCUGGGCAGCGGCGGCCACGCCUCCAACAAGGAGAAGGAGAUGAUCACCAGCCUGUUCUGCAAACUCGCCGCGCUCGUCCGGCACCGCGUGUCCCUGUUCGGCACGGACGCCCCGGCCGUGGUGAGCUGCCUGCUGAUCCUCGCCCGCUCCCUGGACGCCAGGACGGUGAUGAAGUCGGGCCCCGAGAUCGUCAAGGCGGGGCUGCGCUCGUUUUUCGAGUCGGCGGCCGAGGACAUGGAGAAGUUGGGGGAGCAGCUGCGGCUGGGCCGGGGGACCCCGACCCGCGCCCCCACCAAGGGGGUGGCCCAGAAUGUCACCUACACCUCGGUGGCACUGCUGCCCGUCCUCACCGCCCUCUUCGAGCACCUGGCACAGCACCAGUUCGGGGACGACGUCAUCCUGGACGACGUGCAGGUCUCCUGUUACCGAAUCCUGUGCAGCAUCUACAGCCUGGGCACCGCCCGCGGGCCCCUCGUGGACAGGCAGCGCCCGGCCCUGGGGGAGUGCCUGGCCCGCCUGGCCGCCGCCAUGCCCGUGGCCUUCCUGGAGCCGCAGCUGAACCACCUGAACCCCAGCUCCGUGUACAGCACCAAGAGCGCCCGCGAGCGCGCCCUGCUGGGUCUGCCCUCGCGGGUGGAGGAGCUGUGCCCGGACCUGCCGGACCUGCAGCGGCUGAUGGGGGACAUCGGGGCGCUGGCGGACUCGGGGGCGCGCUACACGGAGAUGCCGCACGUCAUCGAGGUGACGCUGCCCAUGCUGUGCCACUACCUGCCCCGCUGGUGGGAGCGCGGCCCCGACGCCGCCCCCCAGGGCCCCUGGGCCACCGAGGUCACCGGCCACCACCUCAACGCUGCUGGGCCACAUCCUGCACAUCGUGGUCAACAACCUGGGCAUCGACGAGGCCUCCUGGAUGAAGAGGGGUCCCUGCUGACCCCGUGUCCCCUCGGUGUCCCCUCGGUGUCCCCUCAGGGCGGUGGCUCAGAGCAGGAGCGCUCCAAGAAGCGCCGCCGCGGGGAUCGGUACUCGGUGCACACGUCGCUCAUCGUGGCCACGCUGAAGAAGAUGCUGCCCAUCGGCCUCAACAUGUGCUCCCCCGCCGACCAGGAGCUGAUCGCGCUGGCCAAGGGCCGCUACGCCCUGAAGGACACGGACGAGGAGGUUCGGGAGUUCCUGCACAACAACCUGCACCUGCAGGACAAGGUGGAGAACACGGGCUCAGCACGGUGGCAGAUGGCCCUGGUGCGCCAGGCGGGCCGGGACGAGGACCCCGCCAGCCCCGAGCAGGUCGUGCGCCGCGUGCAGGAGGUGUCGGCCGUGCUCUACCACCUGGAGCAGACGGAGCACCCCUACAAGUCCAAGAAGGCCGUGUGGCACAAGCUCCUGUCCAAGCAGCGCCGCCGCGCCGUCGUCGCCUGUUUCCGCAUGACGCCCCUGUACAACCUGCCCAGGCACCGGGCGUGUAACAUGUUCCUGGAGUCCUACCGGCUCUCGUGGCUGGCGCGGGAGCAGCCGCCCUUCGAGGAUCGCAUGAUCGACGACCUCGCCAAGUCGGGGCGUGAGGAGGAGGAGGAGGAGGAGGAGGCGGAGGCGCGGCCGGACCCGCUGCACCAGCUGAUCCUGCACUUCAGCCGCACCGCGCUCACCGAGCAGAGCCACCUGGAGCAGGAUCACCUGUACAUGGCCUACGCCGGGAUCAUGGCCAAGAGCUGCCACAGCGAGGAAGGGGAGGAGGAGGAGAAGGAGGAAGAGGAGAAGGAAGAGGAAGAGGCCGAGGAUUCCUUUGAGGAGAAGGAGAUGGAGAAGCAGAAGCUGCUGUCGCAGCAGGCGCGGCUGCACACGCGCGGGGCGGCCGAGAUGGUGCUGCAGAUGGUCAGCGCCUGCAGGGGUGAGCGGGGGGCGAUGGUCUCCUCCACCCUCAAGUUGGGCAUCGCCAUCCUCAACGGGGGCAACGCCGACGUGCAGCAGAAGAUGCUCGAGUACCUCAAGGCCAAGCGCGAGGUCGGCUUCUUCCAGAGCGUGCAGGCGCUGAUGCAAACCUGCAGCGUGCUGGACCUGAACGCCUUCGAGCGGCAGAACAAGGCCGAGGGGCUGGGCAUGGUCACCGAGGAGGGCACCAUCAUCAGCCGGGAGAACGGGGAGAAGGUGAUGUCGGACGAUGAAUUCACUCAGGACCUGUUCCGGCUGCUGCAGCUGCUCUGCGAGGGCCACAACAACGACUUCCAGAACUACCUGCGGACGCAGACGGGGAACACGACCACCAUCAACAUCAUCAUCUGCACCGUGGAUUACCUGCUGCGCCUGCAGGAGUCCAUCAGUGACUUCUACUGGUACUACUCGGGCAAGGACGUCAUCGACGAGCAGGGCAAGAGGAACUUCUCCAAGGCCAUGGCCGUGGCCAAGCAGGUGUUCAACAGCCUGACCGAGUACAUCCAGGGCCCCUGCACCGGGAACCAGCAGAGCCUGGCCCACAGCCGCCUCUGGGACGCCGUCGUCGGCUUCCUGCACGUCUUCGCGCACAUGAUGAAGAAGUUGGCUCAGGACUCGUCCCAGCUGGGGCUGCUGAAGGAGCUGCUGGACCUGCAGAAGGACAUGGUGGUGAUGCUGCUGUCCCUGCUGGAAGGGAACGUGGUGAACGGCACCAUCGCCCGGCAGAUGGUGGACAUGCUGGUGGAGUCCUCCAGCAACGUCACCAUGAUCCUCAAGUUCUUCGACAUGUUCCUGAAGCUGCGCGACAUCGUCUCGUCCGACGCCUUCCGCCACUUCGUCACCGACCCGCGCGGGCUCAUCUCCAAGAAGGACUUCCAGAAGGCCAUGGACAGCCAGAAGCAGUACGAGCCUGACGAGAUCCAGUUCCUGCUCUCCUGCUCCGAGGCCGACGAGAACGAGAUGAUCGACGUGGAGAGCUUCGCCCAGCGCUUCCAGGAGCCGGCGCGCGACAUCGGCUUCAACGUGGCCGUGCUGCUGACCAACCUGUCGGAGCACGUGCCGCACGACCAGCGCCUCAAGACCUUCCUGGAGCAGGCCGAGAGCAUCCUGGACUAUUUCCGGCCCUUCCUGGGCCGCAUCGAGAUCAUGGGGGCGGCGCGGCGCAUCGAGCGCAUCUACUUCGAGAUCAGCGGCGCCAACAAGGCGCAGUGGGAGAUGCCGCAGGUCAAGGAGUCCAAGCGCCAGUUCAUCUUCGACGUGGUCAACGAGGGCGGCGAGGCCGAGAAGAUGGAGCUCUUCGUCAACUUCUGCGAGGACACCAUCUUCGAGAUGCAGAUCGCCUCGCGCAUCUCCGAGGAGGAGGCGCCGCGCGACGAGGAGGAGGAGGAGGACGAGGACAGGGAGGAAGAGGAGCCGGCCGAGGCGCCGGCGCCGGCGCUGCCGGGUUUGGGGGCGCUGCGGCGGCUGCUGGGCUCCCCGCAGACGUGGCGCCGCAGGAUCCGGCGGCUGCGCAAGAAGUCGGGGCGCGAGCUGGCGUGGGAGGCGGGCGCGGGCGCGGGGCGCGUGGCGCUGGGCGGCGUGCUGGGGGGCCUGGGGGUGCUGGGGGCCGUGGGGCGCCUGGCCUGGAGCUCGCUCUUCGGCGGGGGGCUGGUGGAGGGGGCGCAGCGCCUGGGGGUCAUCGAGGUGCUGGGCUCCAUGCCCGACCCCACCCAGGACGCCGUGGGCGGCGGCGAGGCCGGGGCGGGCGACGAGGGGGGACCCCCGGAGCCGGAGCAGCCCCCCGAGGCGCAGCUGGAGGCGCCCCCGGCCGAGGGGGAGGAGGAGGAGGAGCAGCGGCGGGAGGUGAAGGCCGUGCCGGCGGGGCCGGGGGCGCGCAAGGACCCCCAUUUCAGGCUGGCGGCCCCCGACGCCCCCGGGGGGCUCGGGGACAUCGGGGAGCCCCCCGGGGCUGAGCCCCCCACCCCCGAGGGGACCCCCAUCCUGCGCAGGAAGAUCGGGGAGAUGGCGGAGCAGGUGGGGGAGGGCCAGAAGGAAGAGGAGCCCCCGGCCGAGACCGAGAAAGCCGACACAGAGAACGGCGAGAAGGGCGGCGAGAAGGGCGGGGGUCCCGAGGGGCCCGAGGAGGGCCCGGACCCCGCGCCCCCCCCGAAGCGGCGCAAGUCGGUGCCCCGGGAGCGCCGGGAGCCCCCGGCCGAGGGCGGCUUCGACUUCUGGGGAGAGCUGGAGGUGCAGAGGGUCAAGUUCCUGAAUUACCUGUCGCGGAACUUCUACAACCUGCGGUUCCUGGCGCUGUUCCUGGCCUUCGCCAUCAACUUCAUCCUCCUCUUCUACAAGGUGUCCGAGCACCCCCCGGGCGCCCCGGAGGAGCCCGAGGGCUCGGGGGCGGCCCCCGAGGAGGACGGGGCGGUGGCGGGGGGCGCGGAGGCGGCGGCGGGGGUCCCGGAGGAGCCCGAGGUUUAUUAUUUCCUGGAGGAGAGCACCGGCUACAUGGGCCCGGCCCUGCGGGGGCUGGCGCUGGCCCACACGCUGGUGGCCUUCCUGUGCAUCAUCGGCUACAACUGCCUCAAGAUCCCCCUGGUGAUCUUCAAGCGGGAGAAGGAGGUGGCGCGGCGCCUCGAGUUCUCGGGGCUCUACAUCACCGAGCAGCCGCCCGACGACGACGUCAAGGGACAGUGGGACCGCCUGGUGCUCAACGCCCAAUCCUUCCCCAGCAAUUACUGGGACAAGUUCAUCAAGAGGAAGGUGAUGGAGAAGUAUGGGGACAUCUACGGGCGGGAGAGGAUCGCGGAGCUGCUGGGCCUGGACCUGGCCAGCCUGGAGAUGGGGGCGCAGGGCGAGCGCAGGGCCCCCCCCGACAGCUCCCUGCUCACCUGGAUCACAUCCAUCGACAUCCGCUACCAGAUCUGGAAAUUCGGGGUGAUUUUCACCGAUAACUCCUUCCUGUACCUCACCUGGUACAUGGCCAUGUCCCUGCUGGGCCACUACAACAACUUCUUCUUCGCCUCGCACCUGCUGGACAUCGCCAUGGGCGUCAAGACGCUGCGCACCAUCCUCUCCUCCGUCACCCACAACGGCAAGCAGCUGGUGAUGACGGUGGGGCUGCUGGCCGUGGUGGUCUACCUGUACACCGUGGUGGCCUUCAACUUCUUCCGCAAGUUCUACAACAAGAGCGAGGACGAGGACGAGCCCGACAUGAAGUGUGACGACAUGAUGACGUGUUACCUGUUCCACAUGUACGUGGGGGUCCGGGCCGGGGGCGGCAUCGGGGACGAGAUCGAGGAUCCGGCGGGGGACGACUACGAGCUGUACCGCGUGGUCUUCGACAUCACCUUCUUCUUCUUCGUCAUCGUCAUCCUCCUGGCCAUCAUCCAGGGUCUGAUCAUCGACGCCUUCGGGGAGCUGCGGGACCAGCAGGAGCAGGUGAAGGAGGACAUGGAGACGAAAUGUUUCAUCUGCGGCAUCGGGAGCGAUUAUUUCGACACGACGCCGCACGGCUUCGAGACCCACACGCUGGAGGAGCACAACCUGGCCAACUACAUGUUUUUCCUGAUGUAUUUGAUCAACAAGGACGAGACGGAGCACACAGGGCAGGAAUCUUACGUGUGGAAGAUGUACCAGGAGCGCUGCUGGGAUUUCUUCCCGGCCGGGGACUGCUUCCGCAAGCAGUACGAGGAUCAGCUGGGAUGACCCCAAAAUCCCCCUCCCCAAAAUAUCCCUUCCCAAAAUCCCCUUCCUCAAAUCCCCUUCCCCAAAAUCCCCUCCCCAAAUCCCCUUCAAGUGCCUUUGACCCCCCCCCCCAAUAAACGCUGCUGAGUGUCACUGGCUCGUCACUGACGCCCCCAAAAAGCCCCAAAAUUACCCCAGCCCCUCUUCAAGUGCCUUUCCCCCUCCCCAAAUAAACGCUGCCAAGUGUCGCUGC